AUAGCACAUAUGCUGCAAUCAUUUUAUAUCAUGCUGAUCAUUGGUUUCAAUGAAGGCAAUUUCGGCAUUAUUGUCCCAAGUCUUAAAGCUCAUUACGGUAUAUCGCAAGCUGUCUUAUCAAUUAUUUUCCCUUGCACGACUGCCGGUACAUUUCUUGCUGCGUUUCUCAACGGUUAUUUGAUUCGAAAAACAUCACAAACAACCACAUCCGUUAUUGGAGCAACAGUAUUAUUUAUUGGAUAUUUAGUAUGUGCCAUGGCAGUACCAUUUCCAGCCAUGUGCUGUGCGUAUAUUGCAAUAGGAUUUGGAUAUCCAUUGAUGGAAACUGCCGCGAACGUUAUAUGUGGCGAAUCACCCCGUGGUACAGUGUUCCUGAAUUUUUUGCAUGCUAUGCAUAGUGUCGGUGCCAUGACUGCGCCGCUUGCGGCUUCUGCGCUGCUUGAACAUAACAUAUCUUGGAGAGCCACCUAUGGAUACUUGGCUGGAAUGACAUUUAUUGGAAUUGGAUCAAUUGCAUACUUUUUCCACGACGAUAUCCCUCACAGAGACACACACAAAAUGAUUUGGAGAGCAUUGACAUGUCGACCUACCGUUAUGGCAGCCAUGUUUGGAUUCGUCUACGUAGGCGUGCAAGUGACUUUGGGCAGCUGGGGUUACACUUUUCUCAUUACUGCACGAAGCACAGAUACUGUUUUGAUGGCUCGACUAAUGUCAAUUUAUUACGGUGGUGUUAUGGCGGCACGGAUAUGCUUGGGUUAUUUGGUGCUCAAGUUUGGUGAAAAGCGAUCAGUAUAUUGCUUGCUGAUGUUGGCAUUCAGUAUGUUAUUGCUGUUUUGGCUCGUACCGACUGUUGUUGCUAGUGCUAUAGCGCUUGCUCUCAUGGGAGUGGCAUAUGGCCCUAUGUUUCCAACAACAAUGUCAAUAGUUGGCAUGACACUUCCGCCGCAUCUUUAUGCUGUUUCGAUUGGAUUCAUUGAAGCGUCUGGUGGUAUUGGAGGUGCUGUAUUUCCAUAUACCACUGGUGCAAUGAUAGGUGCCCAAGGUGUCGAAAACACAUUACCGCCGUUCUGUAUAGGAUUAACCAUAGCAAUGCUUGCUGUCUGGUUCUUCCUUCCGAAU